GUUGGUCUUUGGUUGCGCAGGCGACUUCCGGGUGUAUCAAAACAUACGUGAGGGCCGUCGGACGCUGUCAUUUAUUAGCGGCACUUGUCACCGUUAGACGCCACUCAGUGGGGUCCCAUCAUGCUUAAAUCAUGUUGUAUUUACGCAACCGGAUUGUUUUCGUUUUUACUUCUCAUCCUGGGCAUCGCGCUGGCCUUGUCGAACGUGUUUCCAAAACUAGUCGAGUCAGUGGUGGAAAAGGAAAUUGUGUUAAAGAAUGGCAGCGACGCCUUCGAUGCUUGGGAGGAUCCACCCGCGCCAAUCUACAUGCAGUUUUAUUUCUUCAACCUGACCAAUCCCCUGGAGAUGCUGGACGGGGAAAGGCCUGCUGUGUUGGAGAUUGGACCAUACACUUACAGAGAGUACCGGCCUAUGGAAGAAGUGAGCUUUCAGGAUAAUGGCACCAAAGUAGCAGCGGUCAACACUAAGACAUACAUAUUCCAGCGUGACAUGUCGCGGGGUCCAGAGAGUGACCUCAUCAGGACCAUUAACAUCCCUGCUAUGACGGUGAUGGAGAAGUUCAAGCAUCAGCCUUUUUAUGCCAAGCUGAUCUCAACCUACAUGACGAACAAAGACGAGGGCCUGUUCACCACACGUACAGUGGGAGAGCUCCUGUGGGGAUACGAAGACGCUCUGCUAAAAGUCAUCCACGCUUUCAAACAUGACGUGGAGCCUGUUUUUGGACUGUUCUACAAGAGCAAUGCGACUAAUGAUGGACAAUACGUGUUCUUCACGGGCCAGCAGGACUACAAGGACUUUGCUCGAGUGGAUACAUGGAACAAUCAAAGCUCGCUGAAUUGGUGGACAUCUGAUGAGUGCAACAUGAUCAACGGAACCAACGGCGCCUCUUUCCAUUCGGUCCUCACAAAGAAGGAAAAGCUCUCCAUGUUCUCUUCAGACCUGUGCAGGUCUAUGUACGCUGUGUAUGAGGAGGAUGUAACGGUGAAAGGAAUUCCCGGGUAUCGCUUCGCUCCCCCCAGUCAGGUGUUCGCCAACGCAUCGGUGAACCCUUCCAACGCGGGCUUCUGUGUCCCCUCCGGCAACUGCCUCGGCUCGGGCGUCCUCAACGUCAAGCCAUGCAAACAAGGUGCGCCCAUUGUAAUGUCCUCACCGCACUUCUACCAGGGAGAUGAGAAAUUUGUGCGGGCAGUUUUCGGCAUGAGGCCCCGCAAGGAGUAUCACCAGACCUUCAUUGACCUCAAUCCGCUCACUGGAAUAGUCCUGCAAGCUGCCAAACGUCUCCAGGUCAACGUCUAUGUCGAGAAAAUAGACACAUUCAGUCAAACUGGAAACGUGACCACAGUGAUCUUUCCUGUAGUUUACCUGAAUGAGAGCGUCAUCAUCGAUGACUCAUCCGUGGCCAAGCUGCACGCUGUGGUGGUGGAGCAGAACGUGCUGAUAAACAUUCCUUUCAUGCUGAUCGGGAUCGCCAUCCUCCUGGGCGGAGUCUUCAUGUUGCUGGUGUGUCGGCACAAUAUGCCUGAGAGUACCGCUGCCGAACGGGAGCCGCUGCUGGCGUCGUAGCCCCCAAGACCGUAAGUGACAGGCGGCGCGUCACCACGUCCUCCCGCCUUAUACCUAACCCAAGUAAUCCAUCAGUCUGUACCUUUUGACGUCUGAGUACAAAUGUGUUUUUUGUGUUAUUCUCGGUUGGGUCAACCUAGAAGUUCUGAAAUAAUCCGACUUCCCGGCAGGUUUAAGGAUGACAUCAUUGUAUUAUUUUAAUUUUACAGUGAAGUGUCAUAACUGUUAACUGAGUGGAAGCCAUCAAACUGCAAUAGUUGUAAAUAAGUACUUUUUUUUGUCGUCCAUGAGAAAAUGUCAAGUGAACUACAGUUCAGUGAACCUGUAAUAACAUAGUAUUGCACACUAACAGUAUAAAGGGAAGUUUUUGUGUGUUUUUGAUUGUCUUCCCUUAAUUCCAAUAGCCCCUGACCCCCAAAUCCUGCUGACAAAAUGCUACAACCAUGUUGGUUGAUGCAAAUUAUUUUGCUUGCUCGCUGCUAGAAAUGUCACAUCUUUUUUGUACAACUGUUUGUCCCAGCGGAAUUUUAUCCAAAUAGUAUUAGUGAGUAUCUUUUUAAUUGAGCUGCAUGAAUUAAGUUACUGUAUGACAACACAAAAUACCACAAUAACCACUCACCACUCUCAUAACAUAUCUAUUUUUGUGUUCUUGUUCUUUGAGCAGUUUUAGAUGGAAAAGAGAAAUGUGUUUACUUUGUCAUGUCAUCUUUGAACACACUCACCUGGUUACCUAAUCAAAGAUUUUGGCAUUUGCCAUAAACCAGAUAAUAAUCAAUAAUAAAGUCACCGUUCUUCACA